AUGAACGACACGCUGACAGACGCCGGGAACGGCACGUUGCCGCCGGACUGGGGGACGGUGUUCAACAGCACGACCCCCGUGCCCAACGACACCGUCCUGCUGCCUGAUUGGGACGCCAACGAUGUGGGCACGGGCGUGAAGGUGGGCUCCUCCAUCCUCCUGGUGGUGCUGAUCGUCGGCGGCACCUUCGGGAACUGCCUGAUCAUCGGGGCGGUGUACGCCACGCCCAGCCUCCGCAGCGUCUCCAACAUCUUCAUCGUCAACCUCGCCGUGGCCGACCUCAUGGUCUCAUCGGUCGUGGACACCUUCAACAUCGUCGGAGUCAUAGACCAGAACUUCCUGCGGGACCACCCUGUAGUGUGUGAGCUGGUCGGUGUGGUCUGCGUCACCAGCUGCAUCUGUUCCCUGAUGAGUGUGGCAAACAUCGGCAUCAACCGGCUGUUGUUCGUGGUGAAGCCCCACUGGCACGCCAGUGUCUACACCGUGCGGAAGACCCUGGUCAUCGUGGCCGCCAUGUGGGUGUACAGCUUCCUGUUCGACCUGCCGCUGCUGCUCGGCUGGGGGCAGCACUCCUACGACAUCAAGACCAUGGGCUGUACCUACGACCGGACUCACACCUUCAGCUACACCCUGUUCCUGGUGAUCGCUGGUAUCGGCCUCCCCCUGGUGGUGGUGGUGUGCAGCUACAGUAAGAUCUUCUACCACGUGCACCAGAGCAAGAUCCGUGUGGCCGUGCACCUCGCCAACCCUAAAGGGAACAUGAACAACAACGUGAACUAUGAAGAGAUCCGCCUGAUCAAGACCUUGCUGGCCGUGUGCGUGGCGUUCUACGUGUGCUGGCUCCCCUAUGCUGUAGUGGUCCUGGCCGACUUCAACGACCACUGGCCACGGGCUGUUCACUUUCUGGCCAUCGUGGCAGCCCACGGCUCCUCCAGCAUCAACUGCCUUGUCUACGGCUUCAUGAACAAGAAGUUCAAAACGUAA